CAUCCUCGAAAUCCAGGCCACAAAUGGUCGCAUGCACAGUUAAUUUCGCUUCAGAAACUACUCCUACGUACUGUUAGGUUGAAGCAUCUGAUUGUGAUGUGUGUAUUCAAAGGAAAUCAAGUAUCCCCAUAAAACUGAAACUUAACGACUAUAUGAGACCCCAUAAGCAAUCUUCAAAAGCAAGUAAUAAAUCAAAUACACAUUUCAAAUCUUCUACAAAUGCGGAUCAAUAUCAUCAUCUGGAAUGGACAAAUCAGAUCACAGAAUCUCCAGUUUAUCAUCCUUCAGUGGAGGAUUUCAAGGAUCCAUUCCAGUAUCUUCAAAAAAUCGCAUCACAAGCAUCAAAAUAUGGAAUAUGCAAGAUUGUUCCUCCUAUAACUUCAACUACUCCAACUGGUGUUAUAAUGAUGAAGGAGAAACCAGGUUUCAGAUUCACACCAAAAGUCCAGCCCCUUCGUGUUGCUAAAUGGACUACAAAUAAUGACAACAACACAUUCUUCAUUAGCACAAAAAGCUACAGUCUUCGUGAUUUUGAGGUCAUGGCAAACAGGGCAACUGCUAAUAAAUACUGUUUAUCUGGAUGUCUUCCAUCUGCAUACUUGGAAAAGGAAUUCUGGCAUGCAAUGACACGUGGCAACAAGGGAACAGUUGAAUAUGGAGUCAAUGUAGAUGGCUCUGCGUUCUCAUCUUCCUCCAAUGACCAUCUUGCAAAUACCAAAUGGAACUUGAAGAAACUUCCAAGAUUGCAAAAAUCAGCACUUCAUUGGAUCAAAAACAGUGUUCCAGGAUUAACUGAUCCGAUGCUGUACAUUGGAAUGCUUUUCAGUAUGUUUGCAUGGCAUGUAGAAGAUCACUAUUUGUAUAGUAUAAAUUAUCAUCACUGUGGUGCACCAAAAACAUGGUAUGGAGUUCCUGGUAGUGCUGCUCAUGAGUUUGAAGAAGCUAUUCAGCAUCAUGUUUAUAGUAAACAAAUUAUAUCAAAAAAUGGAGCUUUCGAAUUGCUUGCAGAAAGAACAACCAUGUUUCCUCCAAACAUACUUUUACAGAAUCAUGUCCCGGUUUAUAAACUCGUUCAAUUACCCGGUGAAUUUGUCGUCACUUUUCCUAGAGCAUAUCAUGCGGGUUUCAGUCAUGGAUUCAAUUGUGGGGAGGCUGUAAAUUUUGCAACUCGUGAUUGGUUUCCAUUUGGUGAAGCUGCUAAUGAGAGAUACACACUUCUUAAAAAGCAGCCUGUGAUUCCUUAUGAAGAAAUUCUAUGCCAAGAAGCUAUGCAUCUUUUUCUUUCCUCAAAAAAGGAUGAUAAACCUUUUGUCAAGAUCUCAUUUGCAUCUAUGAUAAGAAAGUACGAUAAUGCCCUUAAGAGGUUGAAGUCAUUGGAUAAAUCUAUACGUGUCUCUUCAAAUCUCAAAGAAACCGUUAGUUGUGGCCUCUGUAAACGGGAUUGUUACGUGGCUCAUGUCAACUGUAAAUGUCAUUUUCAUCACAUAUGUGUUUUUCAUGAUAAAGAACUCUCUAAUUGCUCUUGUGGGAGCAACCGUUUUCUUUUUGUGAGACCGGAUCUACCCAAAAUGAAAGAAGUAGCAAAAAAGUUUGAAGAACAACCGAUCAAGAAAGUUGGGAAACAGAAGAACAAUUCUAAAGCUGACGUGGCAACAUCUGUAAAUAGGACGGGGACUAGGGGUAAACUGGGAAUUUCGACCAUGUCGAAUACGCGUACGAGGUCAAGUUGUAGGCUAAAGGAAUUCAAGAAAUGUAAAAAGAGAGCUUCUCAAUGCCACCUUUGUGCCAAAAUUGUCCACUAACAGACAUAUCAAGUGUAAUUUUCAAAAGAUUACUGCAACCUAGAAUUUUUUUACAGUGGUUGGAAACUGGAUUUAAGUAAUAUGUUUCUAAUAGCUAUUCAUAUGAUCAUAUCACAC